AGCUGUUGCGAGGCGCAUCGUCGUGUCCGGAGCGUUAGCCUCAAAACUGUUAGCUGCCCGCCGCCUGCUGAUGUCCCCGCUGGAAUAUCAGACGAACAAGGAGGAAAACCGCGCACUUCGACUGCUGCUUACAGCCAAGGUGAAGACAGCAGGAGCCAGCCUCAGAGAAAGACAGGACUCGAUAGACAGAGAGAGGAAAAACAGAACAAAAGGCUAACUCCACUUCCAGCACUAUGCGCAUCUGACACACAUCUGAGGGCCAGGCGGGCUUUGCUGCAGCUGAGGAUGAUGAGUGGUCUUCUGCGCUAAAGCUAGAUGGUGUGCAAAUGAUGGACCUCCCUAAUGGCCAAUCAAGCAUCACCACCAACGCUGCCACAAUCUCUGAGAAGAGCAGCAGCUCAGAAUCCCUCAGUGAUAAGGGAUCUUCGGAGCUGAAAAAGAGUUUUGAUGCUGUUGUGUUUGACGUGCUGAAGGUCACUCCAGAAGAAUAUGCAGGCCAAAUUACGCUCAUGGAUGCUCCUGUGUUCAAAGCCAUCCAGCCAGAGGAGCUCUCAAGUUGCGGCUGGAACAAAAAGGAGAAGCACAGCUCUGCCCCAAAUGUUGUGGCCUUUACCCGCAGGUUCAACCAGACGAGUUUCUGGGUGGUACGAGAGAUCCUCCAUGCGCAGACGUUGAAGAUCCGAGCCGAAGUGCUGAGUCUGUAUAUUCGCACUGCCAAGAAACUCUGUGACAUGAACAACCUCCACGCAGUCAUGGCUGUGGUGUCGGGGUUACAGAGCGCUCCCAUCUUCAGGCUUACCAAAACAUGGGCGUUACUGAGUCGGAAAGACAAGGCAACAUUUGAUCGGCUCGACUACCUGAUGUCCAAAGAAGACAACUACAAACGUCUGAGAGACUACAUAAGCAGCCAGAGCAUGGUCUCUUGUAUACCAUACCUAGGGAUGUACCUGUCUGAUCUGACGUAUAUAGACUCAGCCUACCCCUCCACGGGCAGCAUACUGGAGAACGAACAGAGAUCAAACCUGAUGAACAACAUUCUUAGAAUCAUAUCAGACCUGCAGAGAUCUUGUACCUACGAUAUACCAGUGUUGCCUCAUGUACAGAAGUAUCUCAACUCAGUCAGGUAUAUCGAGGAGCUCCAGAAGUUUGUGGAGGACGACAAUUACAAGUUGUCGCAGAAGAUCGAGCCAGGCACCAGCACACCACGAGCAAACGCCUCCAAAGAGGAUCUAGCUGGCCAGGAAGCAUCAGCUUCUCCUCUCUGCGGCCGUAAGUGUACGGUAGCAGCUGAAGGAACCAAAGUCCCGGCCACACCUCCGUCCCCCAGGAACCUGCUGCCCUACGGACACAGGAAGUGCCACAGCCUGGGCUACAAUUUUAUCCAUAAGAUGAAUACAGUAGAGUUUAAAAGUGCUACGUUCCCCAACGCUGGUUCUCGCCAUCUAUUGGACGACAGUGUGAUGGAGAGCCACAGUCCCACCAGGGGACAAGCAGAGAGCUCUACUCUGUCCAGUGGCAUUUCUCUUGGCAGCAGCGAGGGCUCCGAGCUCAGCGAAGAGGUGUCUUGGCCAGCCUUUGAGAGGACUCGGUUCUAUCACUCUCUGGGCCCAGUGACCCGAGUGGCCCGGAUCCCCUACAGAGGAGUCCUGAGGCCCAGCAGCUCGGCUGAGUCAGAGGAGCUUGCGGUUCACUUAUAUCCUGGAGCGGUCACAGUGCAGGGGGUGUUGAGACGGAAGACUGUGCUCAAGGAGGGCAAGAAACCGACAGUGGCAUCUUGGACCAAAUACUGGGUCGCUCUUUGUGGAACCCAGCUCUACUACUACCCUGCCAAGUCCCUGAAGGCCACUGAGAGAAAACAUUUCAAGUCCACGUCCAGUAAGAGCGUGUGUGUGGUCGGCCUAAUGGCCAUGAUGGCAGACGAUCCCGAGCAUCCGGAUGUCUUCUUGUUGACCGAUUCGGAGCAUGGUAACACCUACAAGUACCAGGCGGGGAACAGAAUGAACGCUUUGCUCUGGUUCAAACAUCUGAGUGCUGCCUGUCAGAGCAAUAGGCAACAGGUGCCAGCCAAUCUGAUGUCAUUUGAGUGACCUGUGCCGAGGAGUGCGACAGCGCAAAGGAGAGAGAGAGAGAGAGAGGGGACGAGGAAGCAGCCGAGGAAGAUGAGGAGGAGCACUGACUCAGUAGUGGGAGCUUUCACUGCCAUGAGCCCUGACCGCCGAUUCUCCGAUUCUAGCCCUGGCCUCACUGCAGCCUCACCUGCCACCACUGCCUUAACCAGAGUUACCCUGUGUGUAUGUGUACGUGUCUGUGUGUGUCUGUGAGAGUGAAUGUGGAUGAAGAUGACUGUUUUGGAUGUACUGACUACUGAACAAGGACCUGCACCACUGCUCUUGUCUCCCAUUUGCUCUCGGUGUCUUUUGUUCAGCACUUCAGUGGAGCCCUUUGACCUCUCCUCUCUCCCCGACAAACUGUCCUCUGUGGGACAUAAAUAAUCUCUUCUUUACUACGUUUUUUUUUUCUUCCUCAAGGGGUUAACUAUUUUUAUUUGAAUCCCUGCCAUGCUCGAAUGCAAGAUUUCCACCUUUUAUCCAGCUGGAUGCACAAUCACAGCACGCACACUCACAUCGGACUAACCCGCUGGACUUUGGAGGGUUUUGAAAACACCUUUUUACUUACUUGUUUCACACUUUGAAUUGUUGGUCGCUUCAGUCACUUGACUUAAAGUCACAGAAUUAUUUACAUGAACCACACACACACAUACACACACAAACACAAACAAGCCUAUUUGAUUGCAUCGUUGUAAACGUAAGGGCUCUGAUUCGCAAUCAAUUCCAGCAGAAACAAUUCCCACACUUCCUGAAUGUGUCUAGUUUUUAUUACCAGAAUUUAGCCCCCCUUUUCUUUUUUUUUUUUGUCAAGUGUUAUGUAUGUAUGUUGUGUGUGUGUGUUUCUAUAACUGCAUUGGAUGAGGGGGUUGUGGUGGGGAUUCGCUUAAAUUAGAGGAAUCAUAUCUGUGUUCCCACAUAGGUACGAUAAUCCCAGAAUCUAAGCUAAGACAUGUUCAUAAUUGGGAAGACAAGAGUUUCUCCUUUUCAAACCUGCAUUUCUCUGUUCCCCGGUGUUGUCUGCUCUCCGUCGCCCGACGUCGGCUCACAAAAGGCAACACUCGGUUCACCGGACUCACACAUGCAAAACACUAAAGACUUGAAACUGUGAAAGAGUCCAAGAUAGAGAGCAACAAGAACUCAUGAUCCAUGGUUUUAUCUCCUCUUCUCCUUGUUGUUUAAUAUGGUUGGAGCCUCUGGUCUGGAGCAGACACUCAAAGCUACCUGGAGCCAUACAGAGUCUGUUUUAAAUCUUGUUUGUUUAUGAUGUUUGUGUUGUUAGUUUCUUUUCCUUUUUUGGGGGGAGGGAUGGUGCAGUUCACAGUAUUACUAUGUAGUAAAUCGAUUGCACGGCAAUGUAGUUUUGUCUGUUACAUUUGAAUGUUACAUUUUUCUUUCCUUGUUUUCCCCUUUUUGAGGAUUUAUUUUGAAUAUGUUACAUUAAUGUGAUUUUUUUUUUUUUUUUUUUUUUUUGCCCAUUGUACUGUUAACCAGGACCCAGCUCAAUUUUAGGCCCUAACAAUGUUGCAUCUGAUUUGGAAACAGCAUAAAGCACCUUGGUUAUAAUUAGUGCCAAGCCUAUGAGGUGAUAUUAGGAAGCUGCAGUGUAAUUGGUUGUAGCUGCUGGUUUGUUUCAGUGGGAUUUCCAGCUUCCACUGUGCAUUGCAGACGUGUCAGUGUGCCACAGAUAGACUUAUCGCUGUUUGUUUUUGUGAAAACAUGAGCAGGGUGGUGGUGAAGACAAUGACGAGGUGCUUUUUCGCCCAAUAAUACUCCCAACAUCAAAUUUGAAUUUUUUUCAAACAGCUGUUUACAUUGUAUGUUUACACAGUCUUUUCCCUGAUAUCACAAUCCCUUCUCUGCUCCAUGUGUACUGUAUUCAGCAGGAAACAUUCUGCAGAAAACGCGUCCCACCUAUCAGUUAAGCUCGGAGCUAGUUUUAGGCUGUUGACGAUCAGAAGGAUGGGUGAACAUAUCCACACUCGCAGCACAGAUUCCUCUCUAAUGUCCUUUUACAGUUUGCCCUCCUUACCAGGCUAAUGCCCAAUUCAUGUCUUCAACACAGUAUAUUGUACAAUCUAACAAUCCAACUUAGCUAGCUUUAUUUAGUUCAGAUAAACUUUACAAACUGAAGUCAGUUUAGUACCUUGAAAGAUGUGAUCAGUCCAUUGUACUUUAACUAAAAGGAGACAUUGUAGUGGAUGAACCUGUGGAGGAAUGAAUGAGGAAGCCAAAGACAGGCCUGUGUAAUGUGACAGUCUCUGCAAGUAUGUGUGUGCAUUUGUGUGCCUGUGCAUACGGCUCUAUUUUUUUAAAAGCAUUGUAAUUCAAGCCAGAUUAGGCAAUUCCUCAAGGCUGCCAUCACUGCUGAGCAGUGGGGGGUAACCAGCUACCUAAUAGAGUGUGUGACUGACUCCUUUCCGGGGCGUUUUGUACCGGAAGUAUGACGAGAGGUUCCCUUUAGAUAGAAAUUGAACUCAUCUGUCUGCGUCCUCUGUGGCCAAAGCUGCAUAAUGGAGCAGAGAACGUCCCAGAGUGAAGCACUGUGGAGGCUGACUGGUCUUUGAAUACUACUGGUUGGCUAAAGAGACUAAAGAGGGCUGCGAAUGAAACGAGAGAAAUGGCUGAGACAGAGAUCAGGGUGGGUGGUUGAGAGACUGUUUACCCGUGUUUAUCUGCAGACACUGGUUACUCUCUCUUAACCUGACAUUCAGGCAAGCUUAACCUGCCAUCAUUUGCAAUGUAUUGACUACGUUUGUGCAGCUAAGCAAGAAUUAAAGCUAAAGACUUUCCAGGGUCUGCAGAAAGGACUGUGCACAGAAGGAGCUGCCAUGUAAACAAACUCUAGACGGUCCCCAUCACGUUUCCCUUCUUUGUAUUCGCUUUAUCUCAUGUUAAUUAAUAAUUAUGAAAGAAAAAGACAAAUGAAAUGGCAACAUAUGUAACCGAUGUCGACUCCUGAGUUGAAAGUUUUAUACCGAACCCGACCAGAGAAGUGCUUUUGGGGACGUCUUGGAAGGUUUAUUUGAAAUCAUUUGGGUUUAACAAUCUUUCUUUUUGAGAAAUACCCAGAUCAUAUUGAGCGCUUUUAGUGAGGUUUUCCUCACUGUUACCUGAGUUUACAUUCUUUUCUCUUUUUUUCUCUUUUUUUUUUAUUAUCAUUUCUGUACAGUGUAUGGUCAAAAUGAUGGAAACACAGAUGUUUUAGUCUAGUCAUUUCUUGGAUUUGAUACCAGUCACUACUAACAUUAUCGCCCCUUCGGUCGUCUAUUUUUGGGUGAGAGCGGGAAAUAUAAAAUGCCAGCCGCUCUUCAUUUAAUUAUAAUGUUUGGUUUUUAUGAAGAAACUUGAUUCCAUGCUUGAAAAAAUUCCCCUUCGCUGCAUUACAAGCUCGUGUUGUUUCCUUUAAACUGACCACACUGUCUGCAAAUGCACAAUUUGCCCCCGCGUGAACUAUUUUGAGUGAAUCGCCUUCUGAAUUCAGUCUUUUUAACGGUCAUGUAAAAAAUGUUUAACAGUUGAGAUGAAGGGUUCAACCGGAGGAAGUGUUAGUCCGUUCUGUUUACCUAGGACAGCAGCAGCCUCUGUUCAAGUCACCCACGUGGACGGGGGGGGUGCGAUGUAUAAAUGACCUUCACCUGGCUUUGAGUGCGUCUGUCUCUGCCUGUGUCAUGACUGUCGGCGAGCACUGUGACCUCACUUCUGAGUGAUGUGCUGCCAAGUGUGAAGACUGAGAACCAAUAAACACUCUGCCCUUUUUUACUCCACA